UGCCUUACUCACAUCACAUGCUCAUCCACCGCCUAUUCCGACGGGCUAGAUCUCAUUUGGUUUUAUCGAUCGGCCCCAGGCCCGUUCAGGACCAGCACCAUCGCUGCACUGUUUCGUCACGUCGAAGUGCGUCCGCGGCAGCACACCCACUUUGCUGUGGCGAGAGACAUUAGAUCGGUUGGUUGGGCUUGUUCGACUUGUCCGACCGGAGGACCGCCGGGCAUGGGUGCAGGUCUGCAGAGAGCUUGUGCAUGGGUGGAACUAACUAGAGCGCGUUGGAGCUGUGACUGCACUAGGCAGCUCCCGGGGCUCAGAGCGCUCCAGUUUCUAGUUGUGUCGUUGUGUGCAUUGUACGCUUCAUACCAAGUCUGGGGUGAUUGAAAUCUUUUGUAGUUGGGUAUAGAUCUGUUACUCGCACAUCUGUCAACGUUCUCUGGAAGCAGUCAAGAUUGACGAUCAUGGUGUUUACAGUGUUCGCUCCUGGUUCUGCUGUCCGAAGGACGAGGGGUGAAGGCGAUGCAAGAAACGACCAAAGGGAAAGUUCGUUAUGGCUAUGUUUAUGAUCACGACCGCCAGCGCUCUUACAGUUCUGUUGCAUUAGUCAGGGGUUCUCAGGGGGUGUCUGCUCAGCGACGACGUGAGAAGGUUCUGCAUCAUGAAGGAGAUGUUGGUCGGGGCACUCGUUUGGUCAGUAUCCAUCGCACUGGUUUCCGGCAGAGUUGGUGGUACAUUCUUGGGAGUCCUCCGCCUUGGUGAAGAGUCUAGCUCCAAUGCGACACUGCCCGCCAGUGACAUGCGAGCGCGUCCGCUUCCACCAGCCGACGCCAGUGCAAAUGCCAUGGUGUGGAUGAACGCGCUUCUGAUUGUGACUGCCGUGGCUUUGUCCGUAGCAAUCGUGGUGUUGGUGUUCAUGAUUCGUCGUUUGCACCAUCGUAGGCAUACUGUCCUGAUACCCGAGUCGCCCUGGAAGAGCGGAGGACGGAGCAACCAGCCUUCUUUCCACACUACAUGCCCUCUGCUGAAAAGGGAAGAGCUCGAAGCCGCAUGUGAAGAUUUCAGCAACAUCAUCGGGUCGUCACCCGACGGGUUCCUGUACAAAGGAACACUCUCCGAUGGCACUGAGAUCGCUGUGACGAGCAUCCGGAUGUGCGCCGCGGACUGGUCGCCAAAAUACGAGCUCUCCUUCCGCCGCAAAGUGGAGGGGUUAUCGCGCAUGAAGCACAAACAUCUUGUAAAUUUGGUGGGUUACUGUGUCGAAGAAGAGCCCUUCACGCGCAUGCUUGUUUUCGAGUAUGCCUCGAAUGGUACUCUCUCGGACCAUCUUCACAACCCCAAGGAGAUGGAGCAUCUGGACUGGCCGACUCGAAUGCGCGUCAUCAUGGGAGCUGCAUACGGGCUCGAGUACAUGCAUCACGACCUGACCCCACCUUGCAGCCACUUGAACUUCGACGCUAAUGCUAUAUACCUCACGGACGAACAUUCCGCUAAGAUCGCCAAUUUCGGCAUUGCGAGGAUGAGUGCAGGCAAUCCCAAACAAGACCAAAUGCUUCAUGGGUGCAAUAGCUGGAUGGGUUGUACGGUAAGCGAGGGAUACUCGGAAGAAUGGGAUGGCUUAUACCGACACUGCCCUGGGUUUGAGGGCAACAUGUACGACUUCGGCGUGUUUAUAUUGCAAACGAUCAGUGGACGGCCCCCAUAUUGUGAGCUAGAACAGGAGAAUCUGGUGAAUUGGGCGGAAAGAUAUUUGUCCGACCCGAAGUUGAUGUUGCAUCUGGUUGAUCCCGAGCUGAAGUUGCACAAUGCCCAGGAACUAGUAGCGUUGUGUAAGAUAGUGCAGAUGUGUUUGUCUGACAAGGGAUACAAGCGGCCCUCUAUGCGGAAGGUAAGUCGGAUGCUCGCGGAGGCACUGAACAUGACUCCGGAAGCGGCGACGAUGAGAGCUUCCCCGCUGCUUUGGGCUCAAUUAUCAAUCCUCGACGACUCCACAUAAGAGUAAGGAUGUGGCUGCUCCAUAGGUGUUGCUUUGUGGACCCUGUUAAUUUCGCUCAAAGACCAGUCAUAGUCGUAUUGGUUUCCACGCAGCUGCAGGUUGUGAUGCCAACGGAGGUGAAUUGUACUUUUAUCAUGAAACCUGCUCCUGCCAUUCAUGCUUUUGUAUAGUAAACAUGACGUGAUGGUCGCAUUUAACCUGGGAACCUUUCCCUUGCAGAGGGGUCCACGAGUUAGGUUUACCAUUCUUUAACCAGAAGUGUAGGGCUACCUUGCAGAAGUCAUAUACUUGUGUACCAUCAACGCAGAACCAAGUGUAUCAAAUUUUGAGUAGCGCGUCUAAGCUGACAUUGUCGUCUGCCUAUGAUUAGAUGCAUGUAACAUUCUCCCCUGGAGGUUUUAUUCUGCUCUUGUGAAAUGCCUUGCUUCUGCCGGACUUCUACAGCAUCUCAUUUGACACUAAGUUGCCUCUUGGAUCUAGCAUUCGACUAUGGGUGGGGUGAGUCGAUAAUUAUAGUAGACAUUUAGUGGGAUAGUGUUGAAAGGGAACAACGGUUAUCAAAUCGAGAUAUCUUUCGUUAGUUUGUUCUACUGCACGAAUGCAUGGAACGGAGUGGACCACAGAGUAUCAGUGACAUUGUGAAUCGCGGCAUUCAUGGCAUCACGCACUGCUGCGAAAGGAUCGCGGACGGGAAGCAUGAGGCGGUGGCUUCAUGUGGGAAGAAAAAACAAAGGGAAGUUGAUUAACAAGUGAACUGUAGAAACGUCAUAAUAUCAUUCAUAUUACACAUGAUAUGCAGUCAGAACCACGACAUUCAGAACAGGAAUAACGCUGUAUGUAUCAUACAUGCCGUAUAUGUAAUCAUCCUCGAACCGAUCAGCAGCUAGAAGCAGAGUGAGCGUGGUAAAUAGUUUAGGCGAUACUGCAGCCGUUAUGUACAGAAAGGAAUGAUAUCUGCACAUUAUGUAAUACAAAGAAGACGUCCAGUCGAGGAUUCAACGUU